UGCAGCAUUUCUAGUCUAUGGCUCAGUAAUAUUUUUGGUGUAGUGGUUGAUUUACCAAUUCUUUACAAUUAUUUCUCGCUAAAUAUAGGCGGGAAGUUAUAGUGUUCUCAUUUAAACAACAACAAUGAGUGUGGAAGAGGAUGUAAUGAAAAUACAAAAGAAAUUAACUAAAAUGACUUCAGAUGAUGGAACGGGACAAGACGAAGCAUUGGAACUUUUAAAAACACUUCAAACUAUGGCAAUAAAUUUAGAUGUCUUAACGAAAACCAGAAUAGGUAUGACAGUAAACGCUUUACGUAAAUCCAGUAAGGAUGAAGAAGUAAUAUCUUUAUGUAAAACUCUGAUUAAAAACUGGAAAAAGUUUCUUUCAACACCCAGUACUCCUUCUAAGGAUAAUGGAAGUUCGUCGAAAUCUAAAAAGGAGAGUAAAGAUAAGGAGAAAAAAGACGAAAAAGAAAAAGAUAAAAAGCUGCCGGCCUCAUUUCCACCUCAGUCGAACACAACUGAUGCCAUACGCCUUAAGUGUCGAGAACUUCUCACACAGGCUCUCAAAACUGACGGAGACAAUCCUAAUUCUUGUGGAUCACCUGAAGAACUUGCUGAGGAGCUUGAGGAAUGCAUUUAUGCUGAAUUUAAAAACACGGACAUGAGAUACAAAAAUAGGGUACGAUCAAGAGUUGCUAAUUUAAAAGAUCCUAAGAAUCCGACAUUGCGCACCAAUUUCUUGAAUGGUGUUGUGUCAGCAUCACGAUUAGCCAAAAUGACACCUGAGGAGAUGGCUAGUGAUGAAAUGAAGAAACUGAGGGAGAAGUUCAUUAAAGAAGCGAUUGAUGAUGCUCAACUUGCUACAGUACAGGGUACUAAAACUGAUAUGCUAAAAUGUGGUAAGUGCAAAAAGAAGAACUGCACUUAUAACCAACUACAGACGAGGAGUUCUGAUGAGCCUAUGACAACAUUUGUUCUCUGCAAUGAAUGUGGUAAUCGUUGGAAGUUCUGUUAAGACUGUGUUGGGAAAUCUUUAGAAAAUAUGACGUGUCUGUUAUGUUAAUAACAUGAUACACAGCAAAGCGUCAAGUAUAAUUAUUAUACUAAUAUUUCACUCUGAGUUAUACUUAGUUCUUGCUAUAUUCAUUGCAUUGACCUUACUACUAAGAAUGGAAUCAUGUCGGGUAGAUAAGGUAAUUUUAGUUUUAAUGAAAUAAAUUAUCUGCUUUAAGUGAAAA